AUAGGUAUAUUGUGUAUAUUAUCUUCUUCCUAACCUCAUUAUUGAACAGCUGAUAAAAUUUACAUUGACGACCGAUCGAUUGAGGAGCGAUCGGUGAUAAAAACACGUUUUUUUGCAGGAGCAUGUCAGGCUUGACUUUACACGCGCCAAUGGCAGAAUGCGAAAAUGCAAGUACAUUGGAGUGGACGCGACCCGAUCAAGUGAUGCAAUUGCAUCGUUUGAAAUUAAGGAAACGUGCACUUCAAGCUCGGAUAAAUAAAACGAACAUUAACACUGGCGACACCCAAUUAACGACUACGAGUUUAGAUACGCUUAACUCCAGUAAUAGUCGUAUAUCUCAGAAGCGAAAGAAUCCUUUUGUGAUCAAUGAAACAUGCAAGAGACAAAAAAAUAUAGCAUCAGCUGGGCUAGAGAUUAGCAAUGACAAUACCUUGUUUGAAUUAUUAAAUAUUCAACAAAAAAAGUUAACGACAGAUUCAUCUGUAAAUGACUCCUUAACUUUCGCCAACGUUCUUUCAAAAUUAGAAUUGACUAAUCAGAUUUCUGACGUAAGCACUCCUAAAGGUGUAAAGCAUAUCCCUAUAGAUUGGACGUUGAAAACUAAAAUGAGAUUUAUGUCUCCAAAACCUUUUCCAUGGAACAGCAAACUCAAAACAAGCGAAGAAGCAUCGGGUACCACAGGAUUCGUGAGAUGUCUGAAUAUCGGAGACAAAGAGACCACUUUAGACACCAGUUUGAAUGCAAGAUUUCAUCAGUGUUGCCUGAUAUGGCAACAUCCAUCUUUACCAUGGUUAGAAUUAUUUCCUCGCUCUGCUGGCAAAGUGAGCGCAUCUCUCGCAAAUAACAUAUCGAUAACAAACAAUCAAAAUAUGAAAGAUGCCUUGUAUCGAGACUGGUGCGAAAGUUUCAGAUCCCUAUUUCAUUUAUUGCGUGUAAAACAAUGUCCGUACUUCUAUGUGUGCGCAAAUACAUUUACAGUGCUUUUUCGUGCCGCUGGUAUUUGCGGGUUGUCGGAGAUUCAUGCUCUUGUCACACCAACAACACGAGGAUUUCGUCAAUCAUUGAAACAAGAAGAAAUAGAAUAUUCUAUGCCGUUAAGGAAAGAUUCGAAAAGACGAUCCGACACAGGAGAUUCUGACUCAAAGACUGUAGACACUACGUCUAAUACUGUAAAUCAUCAGCAAGAGGAUGACAAUUACGAAGAAGAAGAUGACGAUGAAACCCAAGACGCAUGGCUUGAGAGUCUUGGAGUGGAAAAUUCGGAAAUUAAAAAAAUUAAUCACUCACAGGCAAGAAUGACUUUGGAGAAGGAAAGCGAAAUAGAUAACUUGAGACAGUCCCUCGUGUUCGUAAGAGGCGUAGAGACGCAAGCAUUGUUCAACUUUUUAAUUAAUUGUAAAUCAGCUAUCGCAACGACAGGUGUAUUAGCCGGUGUUCCACCGACGCUUUUAGCUCCAACGGGUUUUCACGGUGCUACAUUAAAACCGCUCAAAGUUCGAGAAAGUGUAGUGCAUGAUAAUAAUGACAAAUAUUACUCUCUUGAAUUGAGAGGACCACUCUUGCCACACGUGUUGCCUUCUCUCUGUCAUUUGAUGAAAUCCAGUCAACUAGAACAAUAUUCGGCAAGCUGCGCGCAAUUGGCGUCUACAACUUCAUUUUCCACGGCAAAACAUGGCUGUACGAUUAGCACGGAGGAAGAAGAUUCCAAUAACACAAAAGUACCGUCUAACAUUUUUGGUCAAGAAAAUUUAAGCGAUUGUGGAUUCAACCAGGAAUUAUUGAAUCACUUUUGCAAUCCUGACCCAAUCAGAAUAGAAAUCUUGGAGAACCUCAAAUUUUUUAACGGGCUAUAUACAUGGUCUUGAUGUAAAUAUGCGAUAAAUAAAAUACAAGUGCACUUUUAAGUACAUUUAAGACCAUUGUAUAUGAAAAAUCGAUUUUAAUGAAAAAAAAAACAAACGGCAUUUUUUGUCUUAGACAAUGUUACGUCACUGGUGACGCGUAACGUCCAAUAACGAAAUAUCGUUAUGCUGUCAAAAUAUAGAAAUAUCUAAUGUAUAUAAUAUAACUGACAUUAAUGUAAUGACGAAUGUUCAAUGUAAUUUACAUACACAAAUCGCUAUUGUAAAUAUAUUUAUUUUUAUUGACGUGUAA